UUCAGUGUUUUGUGACUCAGGAAUAUGACACUUUUGACGCUCUAUUCAUAGAAGAAACGUUAAAAAAAGAAACGGCUGAUUCAUGAUCGACGGACAGUAUUAACCUUAUUCCAGCAGCUGAUAAGUGAAGUGUGUGGCCUAACAGAACAAGUGCACAAACAAAGGUGUGGCCAGAGCUUUGAGCUUUUCAUUACCAGGAAUACAGGAAAAGUGGCAACUAAGGAUCAGGAAAGAGACGCUGAGCAGAUCUGAGGGACAAGACACAGAGCAGGAGGACUUAAAGAUGUACAGUAACACGUCACAUGAUAACUACGGGUUUCAGCAUGAGGAUGAGCGCCCUCCGCCCUAUCACCCUCCCCCAUACGCCCCCAACUAUUCCCAGGGCCUUUACCCCACCCUCCCACAGUACCCCACCACCCCACACGUACCCAUCAACACCCACCACACCGUCACCGCCGGCCAACCCCACCCUACUGCAACCCGCAAAGUGGCUGGGAGGAAUCAAUGGUUCUGCAUAGUGCCCGCCAUCAUCACCAUCUUAGUGGUUGUGGGAGUAGCAGCUGUACUGGUCUGGUACUUCGCCUUCCAGAUGUGUGGCACGGGCCAGAGGUGUGGGGAGAAUGGACUGAGGGACUGUUCGGGAGGAGAGUGCUUUCGACUAUAUGGAUCAAAUUUCCAGCUGCUGAGCUUCUCAGCAAAAGACAAAACAUGGAAGCCGGUGUGUUCGUCCAGAUGGGACGACAACAUUGGGAGGAGAGCAUGCCAGCAGAUGGGAUACAGCAGGACCGACUAUGUAAGUUCUGGGGAGAUGAAGCCAGGCUCCGGUUCCUCGGGCGGCUACAUGGUUCUGAACACUGACUACAUUAGCGGGAUCAGUUCUGCAGAGUCUGCACACAGUUACCUCACUGACAGUUCUACCUGCCAGUCUAACGCAGUGGUCACGCUGAAGUGUGUUGAGUGUGGUAAAUCCACAGUUCAGACGCGGAUAGUCGGCGGGGAAGUUGUGACCAGUAGAACCCGUUGGCCCUGGCAGGUCAGCCUGCAGUCUGGCGGGGGGCACCUGUGUGGAGGGUCCAUCAUCAGCUCGUCCUGGAUCGUCUCCGCUGCUCACUGCUUUCAAUCACGUCCGCAUCCAAGUCAGUGGACUGUGUUUGCAGGAUUUCUCACACGGAAUGAGAUGCGGUCCAGUCCUGGAAACUCAGUCAGCCAUAUCAUCUCCCACGCUGGCUAUGAUUCCCGAACUAAUGAUAACGAUAUUGCUCUGAUGAAACUUUCAACACCACUCCGCUUAUCAUCUAGUGUUGGACCAGUUUGUUUACCCAGUGCCGGCCUUGACUUCUCUGCUCCAAGGGAAUGUUAUAUCACUGGAUUUGGAGCUCUUUUCAGCCAAGGUCCUGCCUCAAAUGAGUUACGGGAGGCCAAAGUGACACUGAUAAACAGGUCCAUCUGCAACAGCCGCGUGGUCUACAACGGACAAAUCACAGACACCAUGAUCUGCGCAGGAAAGCUGGAGGGUGGAGUGGAUGCCUGUCAGGGGGACAGUGGGGGUCCUCUGGUCACACAGGAGAAUUCACUAUGGUAUCUGGUUGGGGAUACCAGCUGGGGUCAGGGAUGUGCUGUUAGAAACAAGCCUGGUGUUUAUGGAAAUGUUACCUUCUUCCUUGGAUGGAUUUCCGAGCAAAUGCAGAAAUAUUAACUAAACUGGGAGGAGUUUAGUUAAUAGGAGACAAUAUAGAGACAAGUACACUUAUCCUGCUGUCAGAACAAAGGACUGAAGAGUAACUCAAUGAUGUCUGUGUUAAUAUUUUGUACAGUUGCAGUAUUGUCUUUUUCAUGUUUUACUUUGUAUGCAUUAUGUACACUACAUGUCCGCUACAUGUCCGAAGGAUUUUAGAUGCCAACAUUUAUAUUAUAAGAUGAUAUAAAUGGGAAAGUUUCUUUGUUUUGCUGCAGUAAUAGCAUUUAAUCUUCUGGAGAGGCCUUAUAGUAGAUGUUGGAAUACUGCACUGAGGAGGACUUACUGUAAUUUCCGGGAUAUUGAGCGCACCUGAAUGUAAACCGCACCCAUUAGGAAAAAAAAAAAAUGCACAUAUACAGAGCGCACCUGACUACAAGCUCCAGUUGUCCAUGUUAUAUAACAUGAAAUAUUUACGCAGAAAGAUGCUACAGAAUUUUUUUAUUAAAUAGGCUAUGUACAAUGUUGUGCCGAAUUUUGUCUCCCAAAGUAGCUAAAUAAGUUAAGUAAAGCUGAGCUAAGUAAACAAAACUAUAAUAAAAAAAAAACUUGGACGCUGGAUAUUGAUCUACACAGAUUUCACUCCUGUUUAUUUGGGUGAGUAAAGCACUCCAGUUUAUUUACAGUAAGCUUAGAUUCUCAAAUUUAUCCAGCACUAAGGUUGGAGCAUUAGCAUUAGCGGUUAACCGUUGCGGCGCUACACUGAGGAACCCUGAGUGUUCUCGUAAGACAGGGCGAAAUAAGAUAGCAGUUUGUCCAUAGCUUGUUUCAACACAGAAAACAUGCACACUACAGUCCGAUAUACUCCCCUCUACUGGUUGAUGCUAAUACUGCUCCAGCAGUGCUAGCUGGGGUUAGCAGCAGGCUACAGGCUGAUAAUACUCACCUCUGAACGGGGACAUAACAGUUAGCGGCUAAUGCUAAUGCUACUCCAGCCUACUGCUGUACUUCAGUGGAGUGGCUUUACAGUUUUUGGGAAAAUGAAAGGAUUUUAAGUGCGCCUAUAGUGUGAAAAAUACAGUACACACUUAUCUCUACUGAAAACAGUUUAUUUAGGUGAAUAAAGCACUUUUGUUACCUUACAGUUAGCUUAUAUUUCUAUAGUUUUGAUUGAACUGGCGUGUUUUGGCGGAAUGUAGAGAAAAACGUAAUAACCUGGAAAUUACAGUAAUUACAUUAGUCCACAAAACAGCAAUAGUGAAGUCAAGAGAUCAGUUCUGUCAGUCCAGGUCUUCUUAAAGUUACUGAAUUGAGCACCACUUGUUGACUUGUUGCAUUUGAAGGGCUUUGUCAGCAGGAGUUGCACUUUAAAUCACCACAAUUUGAAGGAAUUUGUCCCCGAUACAGUAAUAUGGCCAUGUAGGGCCUGUAGGAGCAGGUUAUGUCAGUGGGUUCCAUGUUGGCCCCUUAUAUGGAUGUCAGUUAUUGGCCCCAACAGAGUCAGUGAAUGUGACCAGGAGGGCUUAAACAUGGGCCCCAACUGUGUUGUACACUGAGAAAAAAACCCACUUAGAACCCAUGCCCAGACCCCGAAACCUACCUGAAAGCCCACGUUCCAUCUAUGGGAACCCCACAUGAGCAUGCUGGCUGGGAAACAUUUGGACAAAUAUGUGUUUCUGAUUUUUUUUUUUUUUUUUUUAUGAAUUGUAUGUAAAAUUACUGUAUAACUUAAUUUAAUCAUAAAUAUUUAUUUUUAUGACUGUUUCUAAUCACAUUAUAAUAUAUUUUUUAAUGUUUCUGAUCUAUUAACUGCUAUUCACUGCCGCUGUCUCACAGACAUUUGUGCCAGACGUGCAGAUAACUGUGUUUGGCUCCAACUAUUCGACAUGUUUCAACAGUCUCGCUUUCUCAGCCACUGUUUCUGUUCAAAUUUACCCAAGCUUUAUUUGCACACCUCGCUCUAUUCAAAACGCUACAACAAAGCACGUAAAAGGGUGUGAUCAGUAUUCCAGAGGACUUCAAGUAACUAGCCGCCCUUAUUUUUCUUAAUGCACACCUAGUAUCACUCCAUGUUUAUGGCUUAAAGAGAUUUAAGUGACGUAUUUGUAUGAAAUAACAUCAUUAUUCAUGCUUAAUUACUCCUUAACACACACACACACUUAUACGUAGUCUUGUUGGGGUGGUUGUACUAUUAAAAAGGGAGUUCCUCAAAUGCUUUAAAUGCUUUGAAUAAUUCAGUGGUUGAAAUGUAAACACAAUCAUUCAGAACGGGUUCAUUGUGAAACUGUGGUUCACUUUAGACAAAUUUAACAACUUGAAUAUUUUUUACAGUGAUAAUGAAUGGAUUUAGGCAUCAGCAUGACUACAACACAAAUACACAGGCAUUCCAAAAGUCAUGGGAUGCAAUAUUAGGAUUAGGCCCCGUGACUUUUGCCAUGUUCAAUGGAAGCUAAAGAAUACUACACUGACCUGAGUCAUUUGUGACUCAGGGUCAUUUGUCUGUUAUCAUGGACAAUUCUAGCCAGACACCACCGCUCAUGAUCAUUUGCACCCACUGAACUAUCCACUGUAGGUGGUAAUGCUUAUGGAAUGGCUUAUUUCUUUUAUUCACAAUGUGGUUAAACAGUCAGACAUCAGGCAGUGUAGUCAUAACCAUUAUAUUGUAAUAUAUAACAUAUUAUAUUAUAUAUUAAUAUAAUAUAAUAUUAAUAUAAUAUAUAAUAUAAUAUAUAUUAUAAUAUAUAAUAUAUUAUUUGUGUAGGAGCUUUAAGGUGUGCUACAUUUUGCAAACAUGUGCUUCUUUUCAUUGACGCUGUGAACCAUUCUGGCUUGGUUAUUUUAUCUAGAGUGAAACAUUUUCCCAAAAUCCACUUUUAAAUGAUUAUAAUUUUUUUUUUACUUUUAAACUUGCAAGCAAAAAUGAAGUGCCAUUUCCCUUUAAAAAAUGAUAAAGCAUUGUUUUUUUUAAAACUAUUUUUUUCACAUUGUUUGUUUCUUUAUUUAAUGACAUAUUUCAAAUGUAUUUCAUGUAUACUUCAAAUAUUCUUGUAAAUAUGUUUUUCUUUUUUUAUUAUAUGUUUAAUAUAUGUUUUAUUUAAAGCAUUGAGGAAAAAAUGAUGAGCUUCUUUGAUUUUACCAAAUAGAAAACCUCUGGAAUAUAAUCAAGAGAAAGAUGGAUGAUCACAAGCCAUCAAACCAAGCUGAACUGCUUACAUUUUUGCACCAGGAGUAAAGCAGCAUAAAGUUAUCCAAAAGCAGUGUGUAAGACUGGUGGAGGAGAACCUGAUGCCAAGAUGCAUGAAAAUUGUGAUUAAAAACCAGGAUUAUUUUACUAAAUAUCGAUUUCUGAACUCUUAAAACUCUUUAUGAAUAUGAACUUGUUUUUUUUUUUUUGCGUUAUUUGAGGUCUCAAAGCUCUGCAUCUUUUUUUGUUAUUUUUAGCCAUUUCUCAUUUUCUACAAAUAAAUGUUUUAAAUGACAAUA